AUGGAAUUGAGAAACAGAUUUGACCACAGCGGUAAACAACAAGACACACAGGAAGACACUCAGGAAGAUUAUUAUCAAGGAGUCUCUCACAGCGGUUAUCAAAGUGGUUCUUCAGCAGUGGAUAGUGGUGUUGGUAUGUCCAAGGACUUGGAUCUUGAACAGGGCGGUAAAAGAUCUGAUGAUGUUGCUGAAGGAAAGAACAUUAUCAUUUGCUUUGAUGGAACUCAUAACAAAUUUGGACCUUCUCCUUAUACAAAUCUGUUGAAAUUCUUUAGAAUGUUGAAUAAAGAUAAUCCUGAAAGGCAAAUUUGUUAUUAUCAACCUGGAAUCGGUGCUUCAAUGAGUGUGGAAUCUGAAUCUUUAUUUGAAAGGUAUCUAUCUAAGCAAAGUAUUAUGGAUAAUUUGGAUGCUGCUAUUGCAUUUUCUUUGGAUCAACAUAUAAUUGAUGCUUAUAAAUAUCUUGUGAGAUUUUAUAGAAAUGGUGAUAAGAUAUAUCUUUUUGGAUUUAGUCGUGGUGCCUUCACUGCUAGAGUUUUAAGUUCAAUGAUUGAUAGAGUUGGUUUAUUAAAUUGUGGAUUAGAAGAUUUAACUGAAAGUGCUUGGUCAAUUUAUAGUGCAUGGGAAUAUGCUCUGCAACCAAGUCAACCUGAUUAUACUACAACUUUAAUUAAUGAAUAUAAAAAAACAUUUUCAAGAGAAACACCACCUGAAAUUGAAUUAUUAGGUUUAUUUGAUUGUGUUAAUUCAGUUGGAUUAAUUAGAGAUCGUCUUUUCCCUCUUUCAACAAAAUCUGGUCUUGUUAAGAAUAUUAGACAUGCAGUUAGUCUUGAUGAACGUCGUGGUAAAUAUAGACAAAAUUUAAUAUUCCCAUUUUCUUAUAAACCAUCAUUUUUUUCAUUAAAUUCAACUGAAAAAAAUUCAUCAUUAAAUUCAAAACAAAUUUCAAAUAAUAAUUCACAAAGUUCAAUUGGUUCAAUUUUAACAAAACAUUUUGGUGAAUCUUCAAGAGAACGUAUUAAUGAUGCUAAAAUUUUAUUAAAUGAUAUUGAAUUAAAAUUAAAAGAAACUUCAAAAUUAUCAAUAAAUAAUAGACUGUAUAAACUGACAAAAUCUCAUAAAAAUCAAAAUUUAAAUCAAUCAACUCGUUCAUCACUUGCCACUAUUGAUAAACAAAAAUUAUUAGAUGGUUCUUAUCAAGAAAUUUGGUUCCCAGGUAAUCAUGGUGAUGUUGGUGGUGGAUUCCCACCUGAUGUUAAUGGUCAUUUCUUAUCACAUAUCCCAUUGAGAUGGAUGUUUGGUCAAUCAAUUACAAAAGGUGUGCUUUUCCAAAAGCAAAGACUUAUUAAUUUUAACAAACGUUAUUCAUCAAUUGAUAGUAUGUUAUCAUGUAAUCAUGAUAUGUUAUCUUUCCAACCUGGUACUUUAACUCAUUCAAUAACAAUUGAUGAAACUAAAACUAUAUUAGAAUUAUCUCAAAAAAUUUAUAAAAAAUCUUAUAUACCUGAAUUUAUUUCAUGUGGUUUAGAUAAAGAAACUUUAACAUUUGAAGAAUUAUUAAAUAAUGGUGCUUAUUUAACAAGUUUGAAAAAAAUUAAAUCUGAUUUAUUCACCAAUGAUAAAAAUGAUAAUAAGAUUCAUAUUGAUGAUUCAAAUACAAAAUUAUCACCUGAAUUAUUACAUAAAUUAGAAGAUAUUUUUGGUCAUUAUAAAGAAUUACCUAAAACCCCAAUCCAAGGUUUUGAUGGUAGAGGUCGUUCAAAUUUUUUACAAACUUUAAUUUGGUGGUUUGUUGAAUUAAUUCCAAUUGGUACAAAAAUUGAAGAUGAAGAUGAUCAUUGGAAAAAUGUUUAUAUACCAAAUUUUGGUAGAUCAAGAUCUGUACCACAAUAUUCAAAAUUACAUUGGAGUAUUUAUUGGAGAUUAAAAUAUUGUUUUGAUUAUAAUCCUUCAAAUUUACCAGAAUAUUCAAAACGUAUAAUUGAUGAAUAUAAAGAUAGAAAUUUUAUAAAACCUAUGAAACAAUCAGUGGAUAAUAAUAAUGAUGAUGAUUCAAAUUAUGAACCAAUUGAUCAAAUUAUUGAAUUAAUUAAAAAACAUAAUCAACAACUUAAACAAGAUUUUGAUCAAUGGGAAUUAGAAAAUUGGGAAAAAGUUCCUGAUGAUUUAACUUUUAUCUUAGAAGAGUAUGGUUAUACAUCUUAG